AAAUACAUUAUUACAUUUACACAAAGUGCCAAGUGUUGGCAUGUCAUCAACAUCCAAGUGGCUGUGGCUGCUGGUGCUGGCCUCUCAAGCAUGUGGCACCCGCUUCCUCUUCACCUUACAUGCUGACACUACAGAUUGCUUUUACGAACCCGUCGACGUCCGGGCAACAUCCAACGCGCUUCUAGUCCGAUUCGACAUGGUGGAUGCAGUUAAUGGAGAUGCCAUGGAUGUGACGAUCGAGUCGCCGAUAGGCAGGAGCAUUGCUGGGUGGACGGAUGCUGCGACUGGCCACUGGCAGCACACGACGCGAGAAAGUGGACUGUACAAGCUAUGUUUUGGCCAUCUCGGCAAGUCGUCGCAGGUCGCGGUGCUUGUUCACAUCGAGUUCUUGACUGCAAUGGACCGUCAAUUGACAAUUUACCCGAGCGCAGCCGUCACCCUGACACGUCAUGGCACGGAGAUCCUGGAUCUAAAAAUGAGUGAUUCGACCAAUGGACUGGUCGUGUUUUCCAUUCAAGGAAUGUCGCCCAGCCUCCUCUUGGCCAAUUCCACCACACGGUACCUCCUGAGUCUGUCCGUCCAAGAAACCACUGCAUCCCUCGUCGAAUCGUCGCCACUUGUGACCCUGACCCCGCUCUUGACGGUGCCUUCACGCCCCUUCGAGCACCGCCUCAUCCAAGUCAUGCAAGACGUUCAGCGACAACAACGACAACCCGUUCAAGCGCACAAUGUGGUCGUGUUCGACGUGACCUCUGUCGUGGAAGUCGCCAUGGUGCAACAGCAAUCCCAAGUGGCAUUCACGACGCCGGCACAACCGUGCGGAUGGCAUCCACGGCCAGAGUUGCCCCAGACCACUGGCCACUCCUGACUGUCGAGCGAGGUUCAAAUGGCGUCGAACACGACCUGCGGGAGUUCCAAACCAAAGUGUGGAACCUACAGAGCCUAUUAGCGUACAUCCGCCACCAUCACCGCCACAGCCUCGAUGCUACUGCGGCCACCGCCGCCCGCCUUCUCGUGGGUACCGUCGUCGUGUCUGUCCUGUGGGUUGCUGUCGGGAUCGCGCAAGUGGUUUUCGUGGGCAAGCUGUUGCAAUAAGAUCUGACAAAUUGAAUGUGGGUGUUUGAUUGGCCAAUGGUGAUCCAAUCCAACGCCUUUAAAUGUAUUUAAUUCGACUUUGGCC